AUGGGCCCUGUAGUGGAGGAAACACACAUUCAAGAAAUCGAAACAUCUGAGGUGCGGGAAGAGUACACUCCUUAUCAGGCCCAGGAGGGCUAUGGAUGGGGUAAGGCUUUGCCCGAGAAGCAAGGUCUCUAUGACCCUAGCCUUGAGAAAGAUGCAUGCGGUGUAGGCUUUGCUGCCCAUAUUAAGGGCAAGCCAAGCCACAAAAUCAUCAGCGAUGCUCGAAACCUCCUCUGUAACAUGACCCAUCGUGGUGCGGUCGGUUCAGACGCACGAGAUGGCGAUGGCGCCGGUGUCAUGACAUCCAUCCCGCACAAAUUCUUCGUUAAGAACUUUGCCCGUGAGGUUGGCGUGGAGUUGCCACCCUUGGGUCAAUAUGCCGCCGGGAAUCUCUUCUUCAAGCCAGACACUGAGAUGCUGAAACAUGCCACUCUUAGCUUUGAAGAGACCGCCCAGUCUUUGGGUCUGCGCACCCUGGGCUGGAGAGAGGUUCCCAGAGACUCAACCCUUCUCGGCCCUGCGGCGCUUUCACGCGAGCCCAUCAUUCUGCAGCCCUUUGUUGUCCUGGCUUCCGCAUAUGGCACUGGCAACAAGCCUGAAACCACCGACCCGGAGCACUUCGAUUCCAUCGAAUUCGAACGCAAGUUAUACGUUCUGAGAAAGACAGUCUCCCAUGAUCCUCGGUGGAAACCAUGGUUCUACGUGUGCUCGUUGAGCAAUAGAAACAUUGUUUACAAGGGGCAAUUGGCGCCGGUGCAGGUGUAUCAGUACUAUCAUGACCUUGUCUCGGUCGAUUACGAAGGUCAUUUUGCUCUGGUCCACUCACGGUUUUCAACAAACACAUUCCCAUCUUGGGAUCGGUCACAGCCGCUGCGGUGGCUUGCCCAUAACGGUGAAAUCAACACCCUCCGCGGCAACAAAAACUGGAUGAGGGCUCGCGAGGGAGUUUUAAGCUCCGAGCUUUUUGGUGAAGACCUGGCGAACCUCUUCCCCAUCGUCGAAGAUGGAGGUUCCGAUUCCGCGGCUUUCGACAAUGUCCUCGAGCUGCUGGUGAUGAACCGUGUCCUGUCCAUGCCUGAGGCCGUCAUGAUGAUGGUGCCUGAAGCGUGGCAAGGGAAUGCCGCCAUGGAUCCUGCCAAAGCAGCUUUCUACGAAUACUCGGCCUGCCUGAUGGAGCCGUGGGACGGUCCCGCCCUAUUCACCUUCUCAGACGGUCGUUACUGCGGAGCAAACUUGGAUCGAAAUGGUCUGAGACCCUGCAGAUAUUACGUGACUGAUGAUGAUCGAAUUGUCUGUGCAUCUGAAGUCGGCACCAUUGCCAUUGAGCCCGAGAGGGUGGUUAUCAAGGGCCGUCUGCAGCCGGGUAAAAUGCUCCUAGUCGACACCCAAGCUGGGCGUAUCAUUGAUGAUUCCGAGCUCAAAGCUACUGUCGCAAACCGACAGCCUUUCCAACAGUGGCUUGACAAACAUAUCCUGAAGAUGCCUUCAAUCUACACGUCCCUGGCUAAAAAACUCGACUUGGGCUUCAAACUCACGGAGGAGAGUGUCCAGGAGGAUCCCAGACUGCGCGCUUUCGGUUAUUCAUACGAACAAGUAAGUCUGUUGCUCGGUCCUAUGGCAGCCGACUCGAAGGAGGCCCUUGGCUCCAUGGGUAACGAUGCUCCGUUGGCGGUGCUUGCCCAGCAACCACGACUGCUGUAUGAGUACUUCAGACAGUUGUUCGCUCAGGUUACCAACCCACCUAUCGAUCCGAUCCGGGAAGCCAUCGUCAUGUCUCUGGAAUGUUAUGUCGGGCCCCAGGGCAAUCUUUUGGAGAUGGAUGAGUCUCAGUGCGCUAGACUUCUGCUCCCUUCGCCAAUUCUGGAGAUAGAAACUUUCAACGCGCUCAAGAAUAUUAGUCAGUACAACAAGGAUUGGACUGCGCGUAUCAUCGAUAUCACUUUCGAAAAGUCCUCUGGUAUCGAUGGUUACAUGAAAGCUCUCGAUAACAUCUGCGACGAGGCGACUGCUGCCAUUGAGGAGGGUGACAAGAUCAUCAUUCUGUCCGAUCGAGCCACAUCUGAGAACAGAGUUCCCGUGUCCGCGCUCCUUGCUACUGGCUUGGUCCAUCACCAUCUUGUUCGUAACAAAUGGAGAUCUCGAGCUGCUCUCAUCGUGGAAACAGCCGAGGCCAGAGAAGUGCAUCACAUGUGCGUGCUUGUUGGCUACGGUGCAGAUGGUAUCAACCCAUACCUGGCUAUGGAAUGUAUCCUGAAGAUGAAUCGACAAGGGCUCAUCAGAAAGAAGCUUACUGACGAACAAGUCAUUGCUAACUACAAGGCCUCCUGUGAUGGAGGCAUCCUCAAAGUCAUGAGCAAAAUGGGUAUCUCUACUCUGCAGUCUUACAAGGGCGCUCAGAUCUUCGAAGCUCUCGGUAUCGAUGAUUCGGUUGUUGACCGAUGUUUUGCCGGCACAGCCACUCGUGUACGCGGCAUGACUUUUGAGCUCAUCGCCGAGGAUGCAUUUGCUUUCCAUGAGAGAGGAUAUCCCACUCGUCACAUCCGCGACAUCCCCGGAUUGUCUGAGACAGGCGAAUAUCAUUGGCGUGAUGGCGGCCAGCCUCACAUUAAUGACCCUGUGAGCAUUGCAAACAUUCAAGACGCCGUCAGAACGAAGAACGACAAGUCUUACGAAGCUUACUCCCUCUCCGAGUAUGAGCAAAUCAAGAACUGCACUCUGAGAGGCCUGCUUGAUUUCGACUUCGAACAGCGUCAGCCCGUGCCGAUUGAUCAGGUGGAGCCAUGGACAGAAAUCGUCCGACGAUUCGUCACUGGCGCCAUGUCGUACGGUUCCAUCUCAAUGGAAUCGCACUCCACUCUUGCUGUGGCUAUGAAUCGUCUGGGUGGCAAGUCCAACACCGGCGAGGGUGGCGAAGAUCCAGAACGCAGCUUGAAGAUGGAGAAUGGUGACUCGAUGCGAUCCGCCAUCAAGCAAAUCGCAUCCGGCCGUUUUGGCGUGACGUCCAAUUACCUGGCCGAUGCUGAUGAACUCCAAAUUAAGAUGGCCCAAGGCGCGAAGCCUGGGGAAGGCGGUGAGCUUCCAGGUCACAAGGUCACCAACCCGAUCGCCCGUACCAGACACUCUACUCCUGGUGUCGGUCUGAUCUCGCCUCCUCCUCAUCACGACAUUUACUCCAUCGAAGAUCUGAAACAAUUGAUCUAUGAUCUCAAGUGCUCUAACCCUCGAGCUAGAGUGUCCGUCAAGUUGGUGUCUGAAGUGGGCGUGGGUAUUGUGGCUGCCGGGGUUGCGAAGGCCAAGGCUGACCACAUUCUAAUUUCCGGUCACGAUGGUGGCACUGGUGCCUCAAGAUGGACUGGCAUCAAGUAUGCUGGUUUGCCGUGGGAACUCGGUCUUGCUGAGACACAUCAAACUCUGGUGCUGAACGACCUCCGUGGCCGUGUCAUUGUGCAGACCGACGGCCAACUCCGGACUGGUCGUGAUGUGGCUAUUGCCUGUCUGCUCGGUGCCGAAGAAUGGGGCUUUGCCACCACUCCUCUCAUUGCUAUGGGCUGUAUUAUGAUGCGAAAGUGUCAUCUGAAUACUUGCCCGGUCGGCAUUGCCACUCAAGAUCCCCUCCUUAGGAAGAAGUUCCAAGGCACUCCUGAGCAUGUCAUCAAUUUCUUUUAUUAUAUUGCCAACGAACUGCGCGCAAUCAUGGCGCAGCUUGGAAUACGAACCGUGAACGAGAUGGUGGGCCGUGCUGAGCUCUUGAAGGUCCGCGACGAUCUUCGUACCCCGAAGACACAAAACGUCGAUUUGUCUCUCAUCUUGACACCGGCGCACUCGAUCCGUCCUGGCGUUGCGACGUACAACGUCCGCAAGCAAGACCACAAGCUGCACACCCGUCUUGACAACAAGCUCAUCUCAGAGUCUGAACUUGCCUUGGAGAAAGGACUCCCCUGCCGAAUUGAGACCGAUAUCGUCAACACCGACAGAGCCUUGGGCGCCACACUGUCAUACCAGAUUAGUAAACGUUAUGGCGAAGCUGGUUUGCCUCAAGAUACCAUUCAUGUCAACAUCAGGGGGUCUGCUGGCCAAUCGUUUGGAGCCUACCUUGCUCCGGGGGUCACUUUGGAACUCGAGGGUGACGCCAACGAUUAUGUCGGCAAAGGCCUCUCUGGCGGUCGCUUGAUCAUCUAUCCCCCACGCAGUGCAGUGUUCAAGGCCGAGGAGAACAUAUUGCUCGGUAACGUCUGCCUCUACGGUGCGACAAGCGGCACCUGUUACUUCAGAGGUGUAGCAGCAGAGCGAUUCGCGGUCCGAAACUCCGGCGCCAAUGCUGUUGUCGAAGGUGUUGGUGACCAUGGUUGCGAGUACAUGACUGGCGGCCGAGUUGUUGUGCUUGGUGAAACCGGUCGGAACUUCGCUGCCGGUAUGUCUGGCGGUAUCGCUUAUGUCCUUGACAUGAACCAAGACUUCCACUCUAAGAUCAACAUGGAGAUGGUGGAAGUAUCCGGCGUUGAGGAACCUUCCGAAAUCGCCUUCCUCCGGGGCAUGAUUGAGGAUCAUCACCACUACACGGGCUCGGAACUCGCAGCUCGGAUUCUGCUCGAGUUCAAUCGUGCGCUUCCUCGCUUUGUCAAGGUUCUGCCUACAGACUAUAAGAGAGUGUUGGCAGAGCAGAAGAAGAAGGCCGAAGAAGCGAAGAAGGCAGAGUAUCCCCUGCCAUUGCUCCCUGGCAAUCCUGUUCGCAACCUCCACCAAGAACAGCGUGAUCGUGCCAAUGACAAGGAGGCCGCCAAACCAAAGAAAGCCGACAUGCUUGACAUCGAGGAGGGCAUCAAUGGUGAUGCAGACAAGGCCAAGCAAAAGGCCGCCCUGGUUCUCGACAAGACUCGUGGCUUCAUGAAGUACUCCCGUCGCAGCGAGAAAUACCGCAACCCUAAAACUCGAACCAAGGACUGGGCUGAACUCUCAGCGCGUCUCAGUGAGGACGAGCUCAAGUAUCAAUCAGCACGAUGCAUGGAUUGUGGCGUACCGUUCUGCCAAUCGGACACUGGCUGUCCGAUUUCCAACAUCAUUCCUAAAUGGAAUGAAUUAGUAUUCGCUGAUCAAUGGAAGGAUGCUCUUAACCGCCUGUUGAUGACGAACAACUUCCCCGAGUUCACUGGCCGUGUCUGCCCUGCCCCUUGCGAAGGUGCAUGUGUUUUAGGAAUCAAUGAAGAUCCCGUCGGCAUCAAGAGCAUUGAGUGUGCAAUCAUCGACAAAGGCUUUGAGAUGGGCUGGAUGGUUCCUACGCCACCCACCGAGCGGACGGGCAAGACGGUUGCCGUCAUCGGAUCAGGUCCGGCUGGUCUUGCCGCCGCAGAUCAACUCAACCGUGCCGGACACACGGUUACAGUUUACGAAAAGUCUGACCGUGCCGGCGGUUUGCUGAUGUAUGGUAUUCCAAACAUGAAGCUCGACAAGCGCAUUGUCCAGCGGCGUGUGGAUCUCAUGGCAGCCGAAGGCGUCCAGUUUGAGCUCGGUGUCAUGGUUGGUCCGGAUGAGAAGAUCAGCCUGCAGUCGCUGCGUGACAGCCACGAUGCCGUUAUCAUCUCUACCGGGGCUCAAGUUCCCCGUGACUUGAAGAUCAAGAACAGAGAAUCCGAGGGCGUUCACUUUGCGAUGGAAUUCUUGCACGCCAACACCAAAUCGCUACUCGACUCUGGGCUGGACGAUGGCCACUAUAUCUCGGCCAAGGAUAAGCACGUCAUCGUCAUUGGAGGCGGCGACACUGGCAACGACUGCAUCGGUACCUCUCUUCGACACGGCGCUAAGUCUAUCACCAACUUUGAGCUUCUGCCACAGCCUCCGGCAGAGCGCGCCCGCGACAACCCAUGGCCUCAGUGGCCUAGAAUCUACCGUGUCGAUUAUGGGCAUACCGAAGUCAAACAGCACUACGGCAACGACCCUCGUGAAUACUGUGUCAUGACCAAAGACUUUGUGGUGGAGGAUGGCAAGGUGGUGGGUAUCAACACCACUCGAGUGGAAUGGACCAAGGGGGCAACUGGUGCUUGGGAAAUGAAGCCUCGGGAGGGCAGCGAGCAGUAUUUCCCUGCGGACCUCGUCUUGCUCUCCAUGGGUUUCCUUGGACCAGACGACCGUCUUUUCAACUCCGAAGUCGAGCUUGACCCGCGCAAGAACAUCAAGACACCCAAGAACAUGUACAACACCAACAUCCCUGGGGUGUUCGCUGCCGGCGAUUGUCGUCGGGGUCAAUCGCUCAUUGUGUGGGGCAUCAAUGAAGGUCGCCAGUGCGCUCGACAAGUGGACUCCUUCCUUCUGGGCGAAAGUUCCUCCCUCCCCAUCACCGGCGGCAUUGUGCGUCGGGUUGCACAUGACGCUGUCCCCAAAUCGAAAGAGUCUAAGGCCCACAAGGAAGGUGACAUGGCACAUGCCACAGAAGAGUUCAAGCGCACUACCGACGUUAAAGCUGCUGCAUGA